AUGAACACAUUCUAUGAGAGCUCGGCUGAUUUCACGGCCGCUUUGAAAAAAGUUGAGAAACACUCGAAAAUGAAACUUUUUCAAAGUACGAUUAGACUUCAUUUAGUGAAGGGAAUUCCCACCUCUCAUUACUAUCUCUAUUCACAAGAAGGCGAUGAUUUCGAGUAUUGGAUUGGAAUCAAUGUUUGGUCGAAAGUUUGUCACAUUCAAGUGGGAAGAAGUGGGAAAUUCUCUGAAAAAGCUUUCCAAAGCUUUUUCACCUUUGUGUUCAAAGAGAAAAGAGGUAUUGAUGAACUUUGUGAUGCUCUUUAUAUGAAUUGCAAUGGAGAUCCGUUAUGUGUGGCUGCGAUAGAGAAAUUUGCGAACUCUAUCGGCAUUGAAACCCCUCGACACACUCGUUGCUGGAUGUAUGCCUUUCAUCGAUCAAUCAACAUACCAAAAUAUCAUCUUCCUGAAGGUUUCACUGUCGAUUCGAUACAAGAAAAAGACGUAGGGCUGGUGGCAAGAACAUGGAUUUUCAAGUCUCCAACGGAAGAAGAAAGGAUACGACUUCGUCUUAAAAAUCUUGAAACAGUUUGUAUUCGAGCGACAAAUGGAGACGCGGCUGCUUUCAUUAUGUUGGAGUCAAAUGGAAUGAUCGUGCAUGCGUUUGUACUUGAGGAAUAUCGAGGGAAAAGAUUACGUGAUGCCCUUUUCUUCGUGCUUGCUCAAAAUGCUCGUGAUCGUUUCGGCAUCGAGCCAUAUUUUUGCACGGUGAAGCCAAAUUUGCUUAUGGAUCGAUGGGUGAAAGAUGAAUGGAAGGUGCUCGAUGAGGAUGGAGAGCAUGAGUCCAUGGAUUUCCUUCCGCUUACAAUCGAUAACGAGGCUAUUGAGAGAAUUCAAAGCUUU